CCGGAAAAAUUGUAUCCUUAUAAUCAAGCAACAGAAAUGAUUUUCAUCGCAAUUGAGUAUGGUAUGUUGCCUGGAGAUCUCUUUGAUAACUUACCCUGCAAGUUCACAGAUGGCACAAUUCUUUGUGAGGUGAGUUAAAAACUAUAGUCGUCUGUAGUACUGACCUUUUGUGGUGGUCCAAAAGUUUCUGUUCUUUUUAAGGGUUGCUUGCUGUUUGGUGCUGGAAUUUUUGUUUUGUAUGAAGGUAACUAGCUAACUUUUAGACUCAUUGAUAUGGACUUACUCUAUUCAUGCUUAUUUAGUUCCUUUUAUUUGAUUGUCUUAUAUUUGACCACUUUAUUAUGCGGGCUAGUUUUGGAUAUAUUACUGUAUUCAUGUUUUGAUAGAUCUAAUCAUACUUGUUUAUUUGUGUUUCGGUGUUCUUGUGGUCUCAAUUAUAUGCUGCCAUCAUCAUAAAUCUCCACCUCUCUUUGCAUUGCCAUCUGUAAAGGAGGAUUUUUGGAAAACUUGGAUGGUUGAAAGAACAUUUAGUUGAUCAGAUGGUCUGAUUUCUGCACGGGUCCUUAUACCGUCUUGCUUGAGAUUGUGAAUAAAGGAUGCUACAUGAUUCAAGAUUAUCGCAAUUGUUUGAAUGGAAGGGGUAUUGCUUCUUUGAAUAAAUCUCCGGUUGUUCAUAGAGUGCUCCUAAAAAUGUGCAUGGAAAUUGUGAUAAAGGAUAUAUAUUCGGUGUCAAAUGAUUCUUGGUCCUAUGAAGAUCUACUGACAGUUGAGUCCCUCAUUUGGAAGGCUUUGCAACCUGAUCUCCAUCUGAACCCAGGGGCACAUGAGGACAGAUUAUGCAUAGAACCCUGGACUAAGAAGCUCGAUUUGGGAAUCACCUCUGGUAGGAAAAGGAGAAGGUUAGCUGACGCUCUAGCUACUAACCCAACUUUUAGCAGUGAAAAUAACAAAGGGGCUCCAUGUUCAGAGCCAACUGUUUCUAGCUCAAUUCUGAAUUUACAAGAGAAUAGUGGUAUGUUGGAGACCACACUGCAGCACAGUCGUUUUACCAGGGGAUCUAACCAUCAGAUGCGGGAUAGUUCCAGCCUAUCUACCAUGGUAGAUCUGACACCAUUGAAUCUUUCCCCUGUCGAAAUGCAACACUUUAGUGGACAUAACAGUCUUACAAAAGAAACCACUUCAUUGGUUUUUCGUGAGCAGGGCAGAUGUGAAACACAUGCCAUUCAGAGACCUAUCAUCAGGAUUCCCAAGCAAGAGCCCUUGGAUUUCUCUCAACAGCAGCCUACUUGGAGUCAGUCUGACACCAUGAUCGCAACUGAGCGACUGCAGAAGCAAGGUAAUACUUUCUCACAUUGGAAACCUGAAGCUGGAAUAGUUCCAUAUGAAAGAUUUCAUGGCAGGAGAAGCCCCACACUAUCAAAAAAUAGUGGUCAACAGGCAGUUCUUGAAGGUAUCCCGAAGCUGUGUGCUGGAAUGCCAACUACUGUGAAGCAAGAACCUGUUGAAACAAAUAACUUCUCUGGUUUAGAUGUUAAAAGGAUCAGGGAUAGCUGCAUUGGUAUGGAUGUGAGAAGUAAUAGAUCUAAUCUUUUACAACUAAAGCAGCAUCCAUCACCAGUAUCUGGAAUGAAUAUCUCUUCUUCUAGCUCAUCUUGGAAUCAGAUUACCCAUGACCAAAAUUCUGGAAAGGAUGUUGUCACCCAAAAGAGGAAAGCUUUGCAAAAUCCUCGCGUUACAGCUGGUGUGAGCAUUGCACCGGUAAGUUCCCAUCAGAAUGGGUCUGUGCAAAGAGAGGCUUCUAUAUCUGCAAAGCGAAGAAAGAAUCCAUGUCCUAAGGACAUGAUAAGUGAUGAACUUUCUAUAUGCAACAAUCCAAAUGCACUCAGCGCGAUUAGACUUCAAUAUGGAAAUCCUAACUUACCACAAACCUCAGGAGCUAAAGGUGAUCUGCAGAGGUUUUUGAAGAUUGAUGAGAUAACUCGAAGGAAUGGCUUGAAAAAGAAAAGGCACAAUGUGGAAGAAACUUUGCAAGAGAAACGAUCAUUCUCCAUUAGCAAAUUUGCUCGUGAAUUUUCUAAAGUUGAUGGGACUGAAGAAAUUCCUCAGUCAGAGAAUAUGGCUGACACAACUGUCAAUGCAGCAAAGACUUUAACAUUGAGAUUUGGACACAAAUCUCAUAUCCAUCAAGGGGAUGAUAUUUCUAAGAUUGACAGCAAAGCUUGCUUGAAUUUGGUUAUGGUUAAAAGACGAGAUGAAGGAUUUGUUGAAGCCAGCAUUAUUUAUGGACAGCAAGAAGGAACUGUUAUUCCUCUUCUGCCAACUCUUUCUUGCACUAAGCAUUAUGCAGACCAAUUUGCCAAACAAUUCAGUGACUUGAUGGAACGUGAAGGUUGCUGCGUAGUCAGUAAAAGCGUGGAGCCUCAACUCUCGAAUACUGAAGGUUUCUCAAUAACUCAGCAUCCUACUGUUACUGGUGGAGUUACUCAAGCAGGCAGAGUGCCUGACCAGCUUUUACCCCCCACUUUGAUGCCACAGCUAUCGAAUUCUAUGCUCCUUCCCAUGAAUGACAGUGCCUUAACCAGUUACUUGGGACAACUACAGCCAAAGACUCUUUACUCUGGAGGCCAUCUGCUCCACCCGGGAAAUGUUCAAUUAACUCAACAAUCCUUUGGAAGUAAUCCAUCGAGAUUAAUGUCCAGCAUUGCUGCACAAGGGAACCUUGUGCGACAGCAAUGGCACCAGAAUAAACAGAAUCAUCCACAGUCCCAGCUGUCACAUAGACAGAGAGAACAACUCAUUCAUAAAAUUAAAAUGGAGGAAGACUUGGGAGCAGUUGUGGGUGGCCUGAAUUUGCCACACUUAGCUGGAGGCAUCCAGGGGCUUGGAAAGUUUGGUCGAGGUUCCUUCAAUAAUGUUAUGGGCUGCCUUGGAGGCUCACUCUAUCAUGUUCCAAUGGGAGGACAACUCCCUUGGAUUGGCAAUAUGAGUCAGUUUAACAAUAUUGGUAGCAAUGUACCUGGUUCACUUGAUAUUAAGUCGCACUUUGGUGGUGUUUCUGAUAAUGCAAAUACAGCUGCUGCAGCUUUGGCAAAACUGAGGGCAGCAAAUGGGCAAGGGCAAACCUUAAUGGGUGGAUAUCAAUAUCUGAGAAACAUUGGUGGAAUUUCAAGCCAGCCACCAAAUCUUCAAGACAUGGCAUUUCUCUUAACCAACCAGCAGUUCUGGCGGUAUCAGCAGCUGCAGCAGUAUCCGCCACAGCAGCAUCAGCAGCAGCAACUAGGACUGAUAUCAGUUCUCCAGCCAACAGAAGUGAAUAGCUCAGUUGAUGAAUACAUGGGUUUACCUCAAACUCAAGUUCACUCCAUAAGCUCACUACAACUGAACUCUGGGGCAACUCUGAGGCAGUUUAACAGGAAUAUGAUGUUUGCUCCAGAAAGCUCAGAGCUGAGCACACGAGCACACAGCAGCUCUGUGGCCAACAGCAGCUCUGGCAAGUCAAGUAAUUUGUCUGUUUUUUCAAAGGACAAGGGCGUAUACAGAUCUUCCAGACCCUGAUAGCCAGGAUGAUACAUUUUAACUCUAACCAGGUUGUUGUGUAUGUAGCAGCUAGUUUGUGCGGUAUUGUGGCCAUUCUUUUCCUGAAAUCCAAUUACAAACUUGAAACUUUCAAUGAAAGGUUUACUAUUUGUGUUGUGUCUGCA